GUGCAUUUGAACUUCUUACUGUUUCUCCGUCGGCUAGCAGAAGAAGCCAGGACAAAUGCUUUUCAGAACAGAAGUAGAAUAAUUAAACCUGAGCAUGUUAUAUUUGCAGCAAAGGUUAUUUUAAAGAAAAGCAGAGGCUAG